UGUUGUUGUGCGCUCGUCUGGCUGUUGAACAACCACCUUACAAAACCCGGCGUUUGGUAACAACGUGUCCGACGACGUGACGGAGCCACUGUGUCCGAGCAGCUGGCACCGAGGACGGGGAGAAACUGCCCUCCGAUACCCGAGCACGUCGGUGCGACUGGUUCACCUCCGCUGCGCCGUAAACGUCCAACGUGAAGCAUGUCCACGUCCCGCACCGUCAUUUGUCUACUGAGAAACGACCUGCGUCUCCACGACAAUGAGCUUUUCCACUGGGCGCAAAGAAAUGCAGAGUACAUUGUCCCACUAUACUGCUUCGACCCCAGGCAUUAUGUGGGAACAUACAACUACAACCUACCAAAGACUGGGCCUUUCCGCCUGCACUUCUUACUGGAGGGUGUCAAGGACCUCAGAAACACGAUGCUCAGCAAGGGCAGCAACCUCGUGGUGAGACGGGGUAAGCCAGAGGAGGUAGUUGCAGAUCUCAUCAAGCGAUUGGGCUCCGUCAGCACUGUGGCGUUCCAUGAAGAGGUGACCUCGGAAGAACUGAGUGUCGAGAAACGAGUGAAGGAUGUCUGCGCGCGGAUGAAAGUCAAAGUUCACACCUGCUGGGGCUCGACGCUGUACCACAGAGAUGAUGUUCCGUUUCACCAUAUAUCCAGGCUGCCUGAUGUGUACACUCAGUUCAGGAAGGCAGUGGAGACCCAGAGCAGGGUGAGGCCUCUGUUCCCAACCCCCGAGCAGCUGAAGCCUCUCCCUGAAGGGCUGGAGGAAGGAGCCAUUCCCACAGCAGAGGACCUGGAACAGACAGGGCCCGUGACUGAUCCUCGCUCAGCCUUCCCCUGCAGUGGUGGUGAAAGUCGAGCUCUGGCCAGACUCAAACACUAUUUCUGGGACACUGAUGCAGUUGCAACCUACAAGGAGACUCGUAAUGGCUUGAUCGGUAUGGAUUACUCUACUAAAUUUGCACCCUGGCUGGCGAUGGGUUGCAUUUCACCCAGGUAUAUUUAUCAUCAGAUCCAGCAGUAUGAGAAGGAGCGCACAGCCAAUCAGAGCACAUAUUGGGUCAUUUUUGAACUUUUGUGGAGAGAUUACUUCAAGUUUGUAGCCGUUAAGUACGGAAACAGACUGUUUCAGAUCAACGGACUUCAAGAGAAAUCUGUUCCAUGGAAGAAGGACAUGACGCUGUUCAAUGCGUGGAAAGAAGGACGAACAGGAGUGCCCUUCGUGGAUGCCAACAUGAGAGAGUUGGCGAUGACGGGCUUCAUGUCCAACAGAGGGCGGCAGAAUGUCGCUAGCUUCCUCACAAAGGACUUGGGCCUGGACUGGAGGAUGGGGGCUGAGUUGUUUGAAUACCUCCUGAUUGACCAUGACGUCUGCAGCAACUAUGGCAACUGGCUUUACAGCGCCGGCAUCGGGAAUGAUCCCAGAGAGAACAGGAAGUUCAACAUGAUCAAGCAAGGCCUCGACUACGACGGCAAUGGCGACUAUGUGCGGCGGUGGGUUCCUGAGCUGCAGGGGAUCAGGGGAGCUGACGUGCACGCGCCUUGGACCCUCAGCACCGCUUCGCUGUCGCACGCUGGCGUGUCCCUCGGCGAGACCUACCCCAACCCCGUCGUCGUGGCACCUGAAUGGAGCAGACACGUUAACAAGAAACCAAGUGGCGCACGGCCUUCGCCGAGAGGGAAGAAGGGCCCAUCGCACACUCCCAAACAACACGGGGACCGAGGCAUUGACUUCUACUUCUCCAGAAGUAAAAACCUGUGAGCCGUCUGACAGGAAACGCUGAACAGGCGGACGGAGUUGAUCGAGGGAAGUCGUCCUAUGAGGAUUUGAGGAAACGCAUGUGCUACUUGAAUACCAGAAUAUUUCCUACAAGUCUGCCAUAGUUUCUUGGUAAAAGUAACCCCAUGAAGUGCCUUUAAUGGACUCGUUUCCUGUGAGACUGCAGCAAAUUGAUAAAAUCACAAUGUGGUUUUAAGUUUGACGCAGUGGAACAUCUAUCUGAUUCUUUUUUUUUUAUGCAGAUAGUUUUUUCUUGCUUCUGUUUUUAUUUGUUUUAUUGCUCUUAAUGUUCUAUUUUCCCUUUUAUGCUUCAGAAGUUUCCCAUCUGUGACGGUUAUACAAUAAAAAGAUUUUGUUCUGCAGUGAAGUAAA